AUAGGGGCGGCGUACUUCAAGCAGUGGUCACUUUUUUCGAUGCCGUCAUUGUGCAUGGUCAUAUUUUAAUUGCUGUUCGAUUGGGAUUCGCGUGGUGUCCGCGGAAGUGUCAUCAUUUGUUCUUGUUAUGGAGGACACCAGCGAUUUAUUGUCUGACGAGUUAGAAGAUGACGAAGGACGUGAUAGUUUCGAUGCCGAAAGCGGAAACGAUCAUCUGAAACCCAGAUCAGCCUUUACACCAUGGCCCCACGUCUUCAACUUGGCCAACUGUAUAGUUGGAGUUUCAGUACUGGCAAUGCCUUUUGUUUUCCAGCAGUGUGGUAUACUGCUGGCUACAAUAAUGAUAGGCGCGAGUUCAGUGCUAACCAAAUAUACCUGCCAUUUUCUUGCCAAAGCUGCAUAUCUGACGAACAAGCGUAGCUAUGAAGCGCUAGCACUUACAGCAUUGGGACCAACGGGGCGAAGAAUCAUUGAAUUGUGUUUAUUGGGCUUCCUUGUUUCGUCUAUCGUGGCCUUCUUGGUAGUCAUAGGAGACCUUGGUCCACAUAUCGUAGCCGAUUAUCUGGAAUUGGAGGCUCCAACCCAACGAUUACGAACACUUGUUAUGGUAGUGGUAAUGCUCUUCAUCAUUUUUCCUCUAUGUCUCAUCAAGGACUUGGAAAAAUUUUCCGUAAUUAGCUCUUGUGCUGUGUUAUUCUACUCUGUAUUUGUAACCACAAUGGUUCUGGAAGCUUUACCAACUCUUUGGGAUGGGAAAUGGAGUAUACAUGUGGUAUGGUGGCGGCCACAAGGCUUUCUGACUUGCAUGCCAAUUGUUUUUAUGGGAUUAGCAUGCCAAGUUCAGCUGUUUUGUGUCAUUGACUGCAUUCAUGAUUCAUUAGUGGCUCGGGUUGACUCCGUCGUCUCCGGCGCUAUCAAUUUCUGUUCCGCUUUAUACGCCGGAGUGGGUCUAUUCGGAUAUGUAGCCUUCUACUCACGUACCCUACAUGGUGAUGUGUUGAUUGAGUUGGAAGCGUCGUUUUUCACGCAACUGCUGAAAAUGGCUUUUCUCCUCUCUGUGGCAGUUUCUAUACCGUUGAUGAUGUUUCCUGCAAGGAGCGCACUUUUCAACCUAGUAUUGCGACCAAGCAAAUGUGAGCUACCGGUAUCCCAUGCAAUGCAGUUUUCCACCUUCCAUGUACUAACUUUUGUGAUCCUAUUGUUCAACAUGACUAUCGCAAUACUUAUUCCCAAUGUGGAAUUCAUUCUUGGAUUGACCGGAGCUUCCAUCGGAUCACUGGUCAGCAUAGUGAUUCCAUCCAUUCUCUAUCUAGCUGUAGCGAAAAACAGGAUGCACUACACUAUAUCUUACGCUAAGGUUUGUCUUAUUGCGGGAUUAUUUAUCUGGUGCGCUAGCACAUGGGCAACGCUGCAUGUGGACAGAACUGUGCAUGUUGCCGAAAAGCCCAUGCCAAAGGAUGGUCCAGUUGACAAACCAGCUUUGCAAUCGCUACAGAAACUCGAGGAGAAAGUACUGGAUGCGAAUUUGAAUAUUUCGGCGAAACUUGAUAACAUUGCCGACUUGGCGGCGGUUGGGAAAGACAAAGAAGCUGCACAUUUGUUAGUGGAAAUGAAGGAAGAACGCAAGAAGCAGGAGGAUUUGAUACGAAAACAGGAGAAAAUUGUGGAAGAACUGAACAAACAUGUGGAAGAGCAUGAGAAAGCAGAGAAAGAGAAGAAAGCGGCAGAAGCCAAAGUUACAAAGGAACUGGAGAAGAAGGAGAGCGAAGUGAAGAAGGACACAGCUAUUGGAAAGAAUGAACCAAAUGUGACGAAGCAUGAUGAAAAGAGAGAGGCAAUAGAUGAAAUAAUCAUGAAUAACUCGAAGAAAGUAAAACGAGAAGAGGCAAAGGAUAUUCAGCAGAAUCCAGCAGUGGAGAAAGUAGAGAUCAAGCGGGAGGCUGUGCCAAAUGAAGCGAGACAAGGCGUUGAAGAAGCUAAGGAACAACCGAACCCCACCAGAUCAGAAGUGAAGAACAUUCCCAUUGAAGAACUUCCGAAGAAGAUUGAAGUAACUCUACAAAAAUUAGAAAAGCAAACAGAACUCGUAAAUAUCGUGCAGAAUGCAAAACCACAAAAGAAUGCUUCACUCCCAUCAAAACCUUUUGAAGCACAGAAGGGGGAACCAUUGAAGAACAUCGUGCCAGUUCCAGAGCUACGGCAAUCAGAAGUUCCUAAAAUAGACUUGGAAGCAGUAAAAAAUAGUUUAGAACGUAAUGUGAGGGGUGAUAUUUGAGUCAACUUGGAGCGAAAUGUUGAAGCGAGAAAAUUUAUUGCUACAUCUGUG